AUGGAGGUGUCGACAGCGGAGAGGGACCAUGAUGCUACUCGUGCAAACCACUCUAACCAAUCCACGGCAACAGCUGCAAAAUGCCACACGGGUUCCCAGAGCUCACCGCCGGCGCAUGGAUUAUCUGCAGAAAAGCACAACCAUGAGGGUAAACAUGAUGCCACGUCGUCCCCAGGAUACGCUCUCAGCAAAGAAGACAUUGAGACUCUUUUCUCGGGAGCCCCAUUCUUCCUUCUCGAAAGGGGCAAGUAUGACCAUCACUACCCACAGGUAAUCUUUCCCUUCGAUGACCACGAUCCUACUAUCCAGAACCUGUGGGACAGAAAGCCACUACCCCAUCCGUCAUAUACUGUAUGUACGUUGCAUGCCCACCUACCUGUUCCUGACAGGUGGGUAAUCUCCAAAGACGAGCCGAUACAUCUCAAUAGUUGGAGAAAGACCGGAGGCGCCAAGAGAGCGACUUUCGACAUUGGAAUUUUUGAAGUACCAAACAUGCUGUCAAUGAACGGGCAGGACCCAGGAACUAUUGGGUUUCGUCAUUUCCUAGAGCUCCCGGUUGCUGAUGCUGUGCGUUAUCCCGAGGAACCAAAGAUCAGAUUGAAUUACAUACAACUUUCCUCGAUUCCGGCCUCGGAGAUUUAUGAAAUGAUGGAGCAUUACCAUGAGGUUAAUGGGGGCGCUGCAUAUGACCGGAAACAGCUGCUCCGUGAUGGCCCAUCUGCCUGGAAAAAGAUUGGCGUGCGGGACAUCAAUCUACAAUGCUUAGUGGAACGCCUGCGGACGUUAACAGACCUUCGUCGUGAGCUAUUACACGGACAGAAAGCAACCACAAUCCUUGAUACCGAAUCUACGCGGGAUUUGUACAGCGGCCUAUUCACCAAGUUCCUCUACCCCCCUUCCAAGCCUCUGCUCGCGGACUCCAGCUUGGCUUAUUGCCUCAAAUCUCAAAUUAGGGCGUUGACAAUGACCCUCGCCGCAAGGGGCGCGUGGGUGGAUUUUAGUCUUCCCGAGUGGCGUCUAUAUGCAGGACAGUUGCUCUGGGAGGCCGGUCCUCAUCCGGACGGUGAUCUCUUGGACCCUUCUACGUGCUCGAAACCCUGGAUGCAUCCAACACUCGAGCGCAGGUGGUUCCUUGUUCAGAUGCUCCUCGCCGCGGAACUACUUCUCCGUCUCGAUGCGACUGUCCGCGUGGGCAUUCUAGACAAUUCCAAGGAGUUGCAAAUCACCGCCAAAGACAUAGAUGAUUUCGAGAAGCUACGGAGCGGGAAGGUAGACUGGGACUUGGUGGUGGUACGACGCUUUAUGGAUACAUUCGACAUCGGCUACAAGGCGGACGAGCCUGACCAACCUGGCGUCGACCCCGUAGAACAAACGGCUCACUCGAGGGGUGAAAGGCAUCAUGAGAAGAAUCCUCGCUCUUUCUUCGAAAACUUGCUCCAUAGAUCGUUGUCUGGCUCUGGCGCCGAGUCCACCGAGUCCGCCUGGAAUUGCAACCUGGUCCCAACAUAUCUUGACCAGCAGCUCCAAGGGCUCCUUGUGUUUGGCCAAGAAAUCGGCUGGCCAGGACUUGAUGGACUCAGAGCGCGCCUGGAGUCUGCGAUUGGGUUGGGUCAACUGAGUGAGGCAGUUGCUCAUGCAUAUAACAAGCCCGUGUGCAAUAUGCUGCCCGCGAAAGCUGGUGCGGCUCUUAGUAAAGAGGAAAUGCAUACCAGAAGCCCAUCCCGCCGGCGGAUAGCCCUCCACUGCUCUCAAGAUCAGACGGCGUCUGUGCAGCUUGGUGGUUGGAUUACCCGGAGCUGGCUGUCCGGCUUUGUAUUUCCCGGGGAGCAGAUCAGCCACCUCCUGAUGGCUACGAUAUUGGAGAAUGACUCAGAUGCUCUCGCUAAAUUAGGGCCCAUUGCAAACCUCUACGGUGGAUUUGCGUACAAUGGAACGACUUGGUGGAGCAAAGAGUGCGUUGUCGGCCGAGUCCUGGCCAGUUUGGAAGAUACCAAGGAGUGCCUGGGAUGGAUAAGGAGUGCGGUCGUGCCCCAAGAUGCCUGGACAGUUCAAUCGCUGGACAAUUCAUGGUUCGAGGUUUCUGUUCAACCACCUCUGUCAAUGCCUGGAAAGCCGCGUAUCUGUCAGGGAAACAAACUCGCGUUUGAGUCGACACCACUUGGCCGUGGCGAACGAGUCAGCGGCGCAUUCUCCCUACCAUUGGACACCCCGUUGGAGAAAGACCCGAAGAAAAUACGCUUCGAAACACUGACAUUCUCUGGGAAAGACGGGCAGUCAUUGGAAAACACGCCGCAUCCCAUUGCUGACAGGGCUAUUAUGACCUUUUCGAUCGCUCCUGGGACUGACUCACCCUGGAAAGUCUCCAUCCAACUGAGAUACAACGUGCGGUUCAUCACGUCUCACGAAUGCCGCCCACCGGGCAACUUCAUAUCGUACCACUGCGCAUACCCCACUGGGAGUGGCGCGUCGACGCCGUCCAGCAGUUCCAGUCCCCGACACCACCGUCUCCCAGGCCAUCCUCUCCACAGUGGGUACAGAUAUAAACACAUCUCGCUAGACUCCCUCCCAGAGCACUGUGCUCCCGACGACGCUUUCCUCGAAGAAAGCCCCCGCAGCAAUUAUCACAGCAACCAUCAUAAGAAGCACGAAGUGCUCAUUGUCGACGCGCGCGGCGGCCACGAAAGGGAAACCUUCGCCCGGGCGUGGUGCGCUUCAAUUGGAUAUAAUGCUCUCAUUGGCCGAGUCGGACGGACAUGUCUAGCGUGCUGUAUCAGAGAAGCCAGGGCCAUUGACGUGAAAGUCGUCCUGCGCGUGGAUGGCGGUGUCAACCGGUCUUUGUCUGGUCAAACGCUGCCUGGUUUGAAGGAGAUCUAA